CAAACUCUAAUGCCUCUCUCAAUCCCACUCACAUUACUACCCGCCCCAAACUAAAUCCCGAUAACUUGAACCUCAGACUCUUAGGAGAAAACCUCAUACUCCAGGAUUCGGUGUCCUACUUGGGGGUCACUUUUACGAAGACCCUCAACUGGGAGGUCGACCUGAGAGAAACUCUGGAUGGAGUCCGGAAGAGAGCAAACCUGCUAAAAGCACUGAGAGGCAAGCUCGGGUGUUGCGACAGCCGAUGUGGCGUAAAGAGCCCCUGUGAGCAACUUUGCUAUGAACUCCACGAUGGAAUGUAUGAAUGCGAUUGUAAAGAAGGCUUCAUUCUCCGGGAGGAUGGGUAUAGUUGCUAUGAAAUUAACUCUACAGCCUCACCACCGUCCAUAGAAGACUCACAACUCACUGGAGUGGAAGACAUCAUCUACCAAAAAGACGCCGUUAUCGACGCCAUGGAGUUAUCCAUUUCCAACGCCACCACAGAUUCUAACGAAAUUCCCCAAUACAUCCCAAAUUCAACAACCACGUCACCGAACAGACUGAAUUAUACCACCCAAGCUCCAAGGCUCGACCAAAAGCUGACCUACAAUGGUUCUCAGUCUAGGGUGACUAAACCGAUAGCUACUGUGAAGCCGUGUCCUUUGGAUUGCGGUCCAGGAGGAGGGUGUUCUUUAGAAAACUCUGAAGAGGAUCCUUCCUGUCUGUGUCCGCUCGGACGGAGUGGAGAGAGGUGUGAUGUUGAAAUUAACUCUACAGCCUCACCACCGUCCAUAGAAGACUCACAACUCACUGGAGUGGAAGACAUCAUCUACCAAAAAGACGCCGUUAUCGACGCCAUGGAGUUCUCCAUUUCCAACGCCACCACAGAUUCUAACGAAAUUCCCCAAUACAUCCCAAAUUCAACAACCACGUCACCGAACAGACUGAAUUAUACCACCCAAGCUCCAAGGCUCGACCAAAAGCUGACCUACAAUGGUUCUCAGUCUAGGGUGACUAAACCGAUAGCUACUGUGAAGCCGUGUCCUUUGGAUUGCGGUCCAGGAGGAGGGUGUUCUUUAGAAAACUCUGAAGAGGAUCCUUCCUGUCUGUGUCCGCUCGGACGGAGUGGAGAGAGGUGUGAUGUUGAUAAAGAAAUACAAUCCCCCAGAUUCACUGGCUCCAGUUGGUUGGCAUUUCCUGCCUUGAGGGGGGCCUACAAACACGUCCAACUGAGUCUUGAACUACGUCCCGAGUCCUACGACGGAAUAUUUUUUCUGACAGGAGAAAGGGAUGACAUGGCUGGAGAUUUCAUGGCGCUUGUUCUUCACCAAGGAUUCGUGGAAUUCCG